CCCGGCCCAAUCCCCAUCUUCAAUUUUUUUGCGAAAUUGGUGCGAUAAACACUGCGUGAUCGAUCGUGAGAUAUGUGAAGAGGUACUCUAAUAAUAAUUCAUAGCUCACGAAAGCGGGCGAAGUGUUCGGUUGUAGAAAAACAAUGAACAGACGACCCACUCUGUGGCACUUGGAUGAAUCGCACGAACACUCUCUGGACACGGUGAGGAAAUCCAAGAGGAGUCGCUGGUUUGUGGGGACGUCGCCUGAAAUUACGCCGACCACCCCGUCCAUCGACAGCGCUGCGAUCAGAAGCAAUAGCGCCGGCAGCGGAAACACGACUCAAGAAGAACUGGACGACAGUGCGCGCUGUGACGACUCCGUACACUCGGAGCAAAGUGAUAUUCGUUCCACGGCAUCGCUCUCGCCCUCAUCUCCAGCCACCUCAGCAGUGGCAACGAGGGAGAGUGAUUUGACAGCUUCAACCGAGCGAAUGGACUCUCCGGCGAGUUCUCCGUCCCUGAGCGAGAAUCGCCUGGUCCGUCGGUCAUCUCAGGAGCGCCAACGCCUCCUGCAGAUGAUCAGUGAUUUUAACGUUCACAGGCAAGGUCGACUGGGUGAAAUAGAGAUACGCGAUGGUGAAGAAGGUGAAAUAAUAUUCGAAGGUGUGCUGAGAGUUUACUGGGGCGUAAAGAAGCCAAUUUUCCUCAGCUCUGAGAAAAUCGAAGAUCUAUCGCCGCAGCGCCGAAGACGCUCGAAAAACAUCCUCGCCGCCGACCUGAAGAAAAUGUCCGGCGGCAAGAGAACGUGGUCUCAGUCAGCCGGGGCGCGUCGCCGUAUAGGUACUGGUGGCGCGCCGGCGCUUGGACGUAGCGAGACGGUGGAGGAGCAAGAGGCGGCCGCGGCGCAGCCACGCGCACGCUCUCUGCCGGACGCUACGUCGGUGCUUGGCGACGAUGCAGCGCCAAUGUCACAGGCUGCUGCUGCGGACGGCAAGCACAGGCGGCGAGCAACUGUUGGCACGGCGACGGUGGUGGCGAUGUCAUCGAAAGGGCAGCCGUCGCGCCUCACACCGACGCCGGAGAAUACUGAGCUAGAGGUGUCAAAGCGCCAUCAAACAGUAUCCGCCGGCACACCGCCAACAGCCCGUGUCGCCAUCACACUCGGCUCGACUGGUAACGGAACUGCGGAGGAAAAUGCCGCGUCCGCCAAGGUGGAAUUUCGCCGGUCGUCCGAACCGAUGCUACCCAAAGAGACCGAGCUAGCGAGCACAGCGCGGAAAGCAAAAGUCCAGAGGUCAGUGAGUACGCAGGAGGGCAAAUGGCAGGUCCUGGUGGAUCGUGUUAAUCGCCGCGCCAAGCGUACAUCCUACCAUGCCGCCGUCGAGGACAAGAAUGCCAGCGUCCUGGAUCCGUUCAUUCCGCCGCGUGGCUCCAUGAGCAAUGUAUGCAUAGAUUCCGAAGCAACCACGGUCGAGGUCAUCCGGGCUCUACUGCGCAAGGUCAAUGCCAUCGACGAGCCUGCGCGCUUUGCCGUCUUUGCUGUCAAGGACAACGGAGAGGUGAAGCGACUCCGGGACGACGAGUCACCGCUCUAUCGGCGACUGCACCUCGGUCCUAAAGAAGAUCUAGCAAAGCUGUGGAUAAUGGAGGCACGGGACACUGACUCGGUGUCGCUGUCGGCAGAUGUCGCUCAGUUCUACAACAUGUCCAUGCCGUUCCUGCAGACGCUCGUGGAGCGCUACCAAGAGGAGGAAGAUCGUGCCGAGGAGAAGAUCCGCGAGCGCUUCUUGUCCGAACGUGAAUGCCUUAUAGAGAUGAUAGAGGAGAUGGAGGCCCUGGACAACGGCAUUGGUUCUCUUGUCUGAUAGCGGAUAACCAACGUAUAUGGUGUCAUCAGUGAGAGACCAUCAAAUCUCAGCAUCGACCCAGUACUAGUAUCGCCUGUCAACUUGAGUGACAGUGAAGUUUUCUUAGGAAUUAACAGGCAAGCAACUAUCUUAGGAUUUGAACUGUUUCCCCAUGUUUUUUUAGUGUUGUGUCGGUUGUCAACAAUUUGAGAUUGGAGUACGUUGAUUUUCGCUAUUUGUUUUACAAAAUUUUCCAGAUUUUCCGCUGUCGAUAACUACUCAUCAAUGUUGACACUUUUCUUUAUCACCGAGAUUUGAAGCUAACGGCGACCAGCUUGACUCAGUUGAGCUAUUAUAUAUAUUUCCUGGCCCAGCGACUGAA